UCUCCCCUGUCGUGGAACCCAUCUUCCAGGAUAUUCGGCAAACCAUGGGACGUAGUGUAAUCCUUCGAUGUACCAUGUUAAAGGGAAGCCCUAUGAAAGUGGCCACAGCUGUCUGGAGAUUUAAUGGUAGCCUUCUAACAGUGCCUCCAACAGAGCAGCAAGACUAUUCAGAAUAUAAAGUGGACAGUGUAAGCCGGGAGACUAGUGGCAACUAUGAAUGUAGUAUCUCCAAUGAUGUUGGGGUAGCGGUUUGCAAAUUCCAGGUAUCAGCUAAAGCUUAUAGCCCAGAAUUUUACUAUGAUACUCCGAAUCCUACAAGGAAGCAAUCCAAGAACUACUCCUAUGUCUUACAGUGGACACAGAAGGAACCAGAUGCUGUUGAUCCCAUUCUUAGUUACCGUCUAGAUAUCCGUCAGCUGAAUCACAGGGACUUGCCCCCUAAACCCAUUUCUGUGAGGAAGAUGGAAAAGGGCAUGUUACAGGAAUACCUCCUGACUGACUUGAAAGUGCCUCAAAGCUAUGAACUUCGCUUGACACCCAUAACCCGGUUUGGGAUGGGGGACAUGGCUACCCGUAUCAUCCACUAUAUAGAACCAAUCAGCUACCCUAACCCAGUAGGUAACACCUGUCACUUUGAAGAUGAGAAGAUCUGUGGUUAUAUUCAGGACACAACAGACAACUUUGAUUGGAUUCGUCAAAGCAGUCUAACCCAUGAUCCGAAGCGCACUGCCAACACAGGCCCCACCAUGGAUUUCAGUGGGACCCCCGAAGGGUACUACAUGUUCAUUGAAGCUUCUGCACCCCGAGUGAAGGAUGACAAAGCUAGAUUAAUCAGCCCUAUGUACAACAUGACUGCCAGAUUCUGUGUCUCCUUCUAUUAUCACAUGUAUGGAAAGCACAUUGGAUCCUUAAAUCUCCUGGUUCAUGUGAAGAAUAAGCAACCCACUCAAGCCUUGUCACUUAAAGGCGACAAAGGAAAUAUGUGGCAACAAGUACAUGUACCCAUCAAUCCUGCAGGACCUUUCCAGAUUAUCUUUGAAGGUGUCCGUGGGACAGGUUCUGAGGGAGAUAUUGCCAUUGAUGAUGUUACUCUGAAAAAAGGUGAUUGUCCAAGAAAGCCAAUUGUCCCAAAUAAAGCAGUUGCCCUUCCAGGAAAUUCUGCUGUCACCCAACACACAUCUUCUCUUUGCGGGCCUCUAAUUUUCUUUCUUUAUGUGCUGCUCAGAUGA